AUGGACAACAACCUCAUCUCAACAAUGAGCAUAAAUACAACUACAGACAACAACCUCAUCUCAACAAUGAGCAUAAAUACAACUACAGACAACAACCUCAUCUCAACAAUGAGCAUAAAUGCAACUAUGGACAACAACCUCAUCUCAACAAUGAGCAUAAAUACAACUACAGACAACAACCUCAUCUCAACAAUGAGCAUAAAUGAAACUAUGGACAACAACCUCAUCUCAACAAUGAGCAUAAAUACAACUACGGACAGCAAUCUCAUCUCAACAAUGAGCAUAAAUACAACUACAGACAACAACCUCAUCUCAACAAUGAGCAUAAAUGCAACUAUGGACAACAACCUCAUCUCAACAAUGAGCAUAAAUACAACUAAGGACAACAACCUCAUCUCAACAAUGAGCAUAAAUACAACUACAGACAACAACCUCAUCUCAACAAUGAGCAUAAAUACAACUACAGAUAACAACUUCAUCUCAACAAUGAGCAUAAAUACAACUAUGGACAGCAAUCUCAUCUCAACAAUGAGCAUAAAUGCAACUACAGACAACAACCUCAUCUCAACAAUGAGCAUAAAUACAACUACGGACAACAACCUCAUCUCAACAAUAAGCAUAAAUACAACUAUGGACAACAACCUCAUCUCAACAAUGAGCAUAAAUACAACUACAGACAACAACCUCAUCUCAACACUGAGCAUAAAUACAACUACAAACAACAACUUCAUCUCAACAAUGAGCAUAAAUACAAUGACGGACAACACCCUCAUCUCAACAAUGAGCAUAAAUACAACUACGGACAGCAACCUCAUCUCACAAAUGAGCAUAAAUACAACUACGGACAGCAACCUCAUCUCAACAAUGAGCAUAAAUACAACUACAGCCAACAACCUCAUCUCAACAAUGAACAUAAAUACAACUAUGGACAACAACCUCAUCUCAACAAUGAGCAUAAAUACAACUACAGACAACAACCUCAUCUCAACAAUGAGCAUAAAUACAACUACAGACAACAACCUCAUCUCAACAAUGAGCAUAAAUACAACUACAGACAACAACCUCAUCUCAACAAUAAGCAUAAAUACAACUAUGGAUAACAACCUUAUCUCACAAAUGAGCAUAAAUACAACUAUGGACAACAACCUCAUCUCACCAAUAAGCAUAAAUACAACUACGGGCAGCAACCUCAUCUCACCAAUAAGCAUAAAUACAACUACAGACAACAACCUCAUCUCAACAAUGAGCAUAAAUGCAACUAUGGACAACAACCUCAUCUCAACAAUGAGCAUAAAUACAACUACGGACAACAACCUCAUCUCAACAAUGAGCAUAAAUACAACUACAGACAACAACCUCAUCUCAACAAUGAGCAUAAAUACAACUACAGAUAACAACUUCAUCUCAACAAUGAGCAUAAAUACAACUAUGGACAGCAAUCUCAUCUCAACAAUGAGCAUAAAUGCAACUACAGACAACAACCUCAUCUCAACAAUGAGCAUAAAUACAACUAUGGACAACAACCUCAUCUCACCAAUGAGCAUAAAUACAACUACGGACAACAACCUCAUCUCAACAAUAAGCAUAAAUACAACUACGGACAGCAAUCUCAUCUCAACAAUGAGCAUAAAUACAACUACAGACAACAACCUCAUCUCAACAAUGAGCAUAAAUACAACUAUGGACAACAACCUCAUCUCAACAAUGAGCAUAAAUACAACUAUGGACAACAACCUCAUCUCAACAAUGAGCAUAAAUACAACUACAGACAACAACCUCAUCUCAACACUGAGCAUGAAUACAACUACAGACAACAACUUCAUCUCAACAAUGAGCAUAAAUACAACUACGGACAACAACCUCAUCUCAACAAUGAGCAUAAAUACAACUACGGACAGCAACCUCAUCUCACAAAUGAGCAUAAAUACAACUACGGACAGCAACCUCAUCUCAACAAUGAGCAUAAAUACAACUACAGACAACAACCUCAUCUCAACAAUGAACAUAAAUACAGCUAUGGACAACAACCUCAUCUCAACAAUGAGCAUAAAUACAACUACAGACAACAACCUCAUCUCAACAAUGAGCAUAAAUACAACUACAGACAACAACCUCAUCUCAACAAUGAGCAUAAAUACAACUACAGACAACAACCUCAUCUCAACAAUAAGCAUAAAUACAACUAUGGAUAACAACCUCAUCUCACAAAUGAGCAUAAAUACAACUAUGGACAACAACCUCAUCUCACCAAUGAGCAUAAAUACAACUAUGGACAGCAACUUCAUCUCACAAAUGAGCAUAAAUACAACUAUGGACAACAACCUCAUCUCAACAAUGAGCAUAAAUACAACUACGGACAACAACCUCAUCUCACCAAUGAGCAUAAAUACAACUACAGACAACAACCUCAUCUCAACAAUGAGCAUAAAUACAACUACGGACAACAACUUCAUCUCAAGAAUGAGCAUAAAAACAACUACGGACAGCAACUUCAUCUCACCCAUGAUAAAUACAGCUAUCAGUCUCAUCUCACCAAUGAGCAUAAAUACAACUACGGACAACAACUUCAUCUCACCAAUGAUAAAUACAACUACGGACAACAACCUCAUCUCACCAAUGAGCAUAAAUAUAACUACGGACAAUAACUUCAUCUCCCCAAUGAGCAUAAAUCCAACUGCAGACAACAACUUUGUCUCACCAAUGAGCAUAAAUACAACUACAGACAACAACUUCAUCUCACCAAUGAGCAUAAAUACAACUACGGACAACAACCCCAUCUCAACAAUAAGCAUAACUACAACUACGGACAACAACCUCAUCUCAGCAAUAAGCAUAACUACAACUACGGACAACAACCUCAUCUCACCAAUGAGCAUAAUUCCAACUACAGACAACAACUUCAUCUCACCAAUGAGCAUAAAUCCAACUACAGACAACAACCUCAUCUCACCAAUGAGAAUAAAUACAACUACAGACAGCAACUUUAUCUCCCCAAUGAGCAUAAAUCCAACUGCAGACAACAACCUCAUCUCACCAAUGAGCAUAAAUACAACUACAGACAACAACUUCAUCUCACCAAUGAGCAUAAAUACAACUAUGGACAACAACCUCAUCUCAACAAUAAGCAUAACUACAACUACGGACAACAACCUCAUCUCAACAAUAAGCAUAACUACAACUAUGGACAACAACCUCAUCUCACCAAUGAGCAUAAUUCCAACUACAGACAACAACUUCAUCUCACCAAUGAGCAUAAAUCCAACUACAGACAACAACCUCAUCUCACCAAUGAGAAUAAAUACAACUACAGACAGAAACUUCAUCUCACCAAUGAGCAUAAAUAUAGCCACAAACAUCAGCCUCAUCUCAUCAAUGAGCAUAAAUACAGCUACCGUCAUCAGCCUCAUCUAA